CUCUCUAUCCUACGCGUUUCUUUCAACCCGGUGGCUUGGCUCUGUGACCUUUUCUCGGACCCUAAAGCUUUGACAUUGCCGAACUACUCCCAACGACAUGGCGACCGCGCAGAUGCACAACGCGGCCAACAACGACGCGCUGCACGAGAAGAAUGGCUCUCACGGCAUUGACCACGCCGCGAAGCAGCGCAAGCCGUACGACUACGGCGGUAACCCGCUCGCUCACAUCAACACCGGCGACUCUGUCCGUCUGCCUGCCUUUGGUGGUGAAUUCCAGCCCGGUACCUACAAGUCGCAAGAGGAUCGCAAGUUCGCCAAUCCAGCGCCUCUCGGCCUGAGUGCUUUUGCCCUGACCACUUUCGUGCUGUCUCUCAUCAACUUGGGUACCCGGGGUAUUACCGAGCCAAGCAUUGUCAUUGGUGCUGCUUUCGCGUAUGGCGGUCUCUGCCAGCUUCUCGCCGGCAUGUGGGAAAUGGCCAUUGGUAACACUUUCGGUGCCACUGCGCUCUCAUCCUACGGCGGCUUCUGGAUCGCAACUGCUAUCAUCCUGACUCCCGGUGGCUUCGAGAUUAUUGCCACCCUUGAGGCUGAGAGCGCCUAUCCCUUCCUGAACUCUUUCGGCCUCUACUUGAUGGGGUGGUUUAUUUUCACCUUCCUCCUGUUGCUCUGCACAUUGAGGUCAACCGUCGCCUUCUUCUCGUUAUUCUUCACUUUGGACUUGGCUUUCCUCUUCCUGGCCAUCGGAUACCUUGUGAACUCCGGCGGCGCGCCACAAGCUGGCUGCAUCAAGGCCGGUGGCGUCUUUGGCAUUCUUGCCGCUUUCAUCGCCUGGUACAACGCGUUUGCCGGUAUCGCCGAUCCCAGCAACUCCUUCUUCAUCAUCCCAGUCGCCCACUUCCCAUGGUCCGACAAGGGUCGUGAGAUGCGUGACAAGGUCAACAAUGACGCUGCUCGUGCGGAGCAGGCUGUUUAAAAGGCAAUACCAGAGGCGUCAGGAGUGCUAUCUAGUUGAAGCUGGCAGCGUUUGGAAGAUAAGAGGUUGUAUUGAGAAAGCUCGAAUACCCCAGGUUGAUUGAAUAUGAUCUUAUAAUGUUCUGCAUCCCAUUCCCUGGCUACAUCCAUCUUGUGCGAUUAUAGAAGGCGUCAAUGGACAGCAUGUCGCUGAUCGGCAGGCUUUCACAACGCUCUACGGCCCCGUACCGAACAACGGAAUUGUGCAAACUCCUUUAAC